UAGAGGGAUGGAAUCUAGCUGCUACCUAUCGGGGAAGCAUGUUAGGAGCUAAUUUAAAACGUCGGCUAAAAGAUGCACUUAUAGUGUUGGGAGGGGGAGGACUACUUUUUUCCUCCUUUCUGACAAUAAAAGGAGAUGAGCGCUUUUAUGCAGAGUGUCUGAUGCCUGUGCUGCAGCGUUUGGUGCCCCCUGAGCUGGCGCAUACCUUAUCUGUGAGAUUCCUGUCCCUUGGUCUGGUGCCACAAUGCAGAAACCUUGAUUCAGAUCGACUGAAAGUGAACAUUCUUGGCAACAGCUUCCGGAACCCUGUUGGUUUAGCUGCUGGCUUUGAUAAACAUGCAGAGGCUGUUGAUGGACUUUUUAAAUUGGGCUUUGGAUUUGUGGAAAUUGGAAGUGUUACCCCAAAACCCCAGAAAGGGAACCCCACACCCCGCGUGUUCCGUCUUCAUCAAGACAGGGCAAUCAUAAACAGAUAUGGAUUUAACAGCCAUGGUGUUGAAGUUGUGCGUCAACGACUGCUGGAGAGAGUGGAAAAACAGAAAAGACUUACAGCUGGAGGAAUGCCGCUUGGUAUCAAUCUGGGAAAGAAUAAGACCACUGAGGAUGCUGCUGAUGAUUACAUGCAGGGGGUACGAGAGCUUGGACCUCUUGCUGAUUACUUGGUUAUUAAUGUAUCCAGUCCUAACACACCUGGAUUGCGGGAUCUUCAGGGCAGAGAGCAACUUUACAACCUUCUGGACAAGGUAGUGAGAGCUCGGGAUGCCUUGUCAUGUGAGCAAAAACCUGCUCUACUUGUGAAGAUUGCUCCUGAUCUGUCUGCACGUGACAAGAAAGACAUUGCUAGUGUGUUAAUAGAGCUUGGGAUUGAUGGACUGAUUGUCACCAACACAACAAUCAGUCGUCCCUCAACCUUGCAGGAUCCUCAGAGCUGUGAAUCUGGUGGGCUCAGUGGAGUUCCCCUUCGUGACCUGUCCACUGAGACUGUCCGUGAGAUGUAUGCUCUUACAGCAGGUAAGAUACCCAUCAUAGGAGUUGGAGGUGUGAGCAGUGGCCUUGAUGCUCUGCAAAAGAUCCGUGCGGGUGCCUCAUUGGUCCAGUUGUACACUGCACUUGUGUACCAGGGUCCCCCUGUUGUGACGACAGUUACACAUGAACUUGAGAAACUUCUCAUUGACCAGGGAUUUUCGUGUGUUACAGAAGCAGUGGGAGCUGAUCACAGAAGCAACAAUCUGUAAAAUAAAUAAAUAAAAAAAAGGGUGAAAGUAUGGUAUAAACCCACUACUAUAUCCACUUUGGGAUGUAAUAUUUCCACCUUGUCUAGAGCGGGGAAACCCACUCACUAUUCCUGGUUUAUAACAACAAAAUAAAUAAAAAAUCAGCAGCAGUAGGCUGAACCUUUGUUGGUGUGGAAUCUUUUUAAUACAGAAGAUGAUAUUGCAGUAUGUCAAUACCUGGAGAAUUCCCUGACAUAUUAAAUGCACUAGGUGUAUUAUUUGUAAAUAAAUUGUAACAUAAUUUGAAUUCA